UGUUUCAGACUGGCGAAAGGCCCGCUGACCCACAUUCUUAUCUAAUACUGCAUGUUAGCUAGCUCCGGCUAAAAGUGGGUUGACAGACGGACUCUGUUGUUGCGGACAAGUUACAUACGCUGUGUGAUAAUAUAAAGUUUACUCCAGAAAAAUGACGGAGCGUUAUUUGUCACCGGCACAGGCACACUGACAGCGCCUGUCACUGAUCGCAGUGCAUGUCUUGGUGAAAUGAGUGUUUACUGAUGCUAGUAGCUGCUAGCUUUAAAGGAAUCACUGCUGCUUUUGCCGGCCGGCUUCUUCAGCUCCGCCGUGGGCACAGACUGCCGUGCGCGCCACAGCUGAAGGUUGCUGCUACUCUGUACCUGACCCACAAAGUUGAAAAGAAGAUUGCUGCUUCUUCGAAAACCUUUUGGAAAAACCUUUAGCCUCUGAGAUACAUUUGGUGAGUCAGAUUCAAGACGCACAGAUUUCAGCCACUCCUCCUCCUCUCACUGGACUGGCAGCAGCAAGUCAGUAAAGUUUCACAAAUGUCUACCUCAAGAUUAAAAGACCUCUCUCGAACACUACAACGGUGAACAGGUUACAAAAUGACCUCCAGCAUUGACCAGGAUGACAGUAUCUUUGGGUUAAUGGAAGAAGAUGAGAAGGACAAAGCAAAACGUGUGUCCAGGAAUAAGUCGGAGAAGAAACGGCGAGACCAGUUCAAUGUCCUCAUCAAAGAGCUGGGCACCAUGCUGCCGGGGAACACCCGAAAGAUGGACAAGUCCACCAUUUUACAGAAGAGCAUCGACUUUCUGCAUAAACACAAAGAAAUUGCUGCACAGUCCGAGUCUACAGAGAUCAGACAGGAUUGGAAGCCUCUAUUUCUUAGUAAUGAAGAAUUCACCCAGCUGAUGUUAGAGGCUUUAGAUGGCUUUUUCUUGGCGAUCAUGACUGAUGGGAAUAUUAUCUACGUGUCUGAAAGUGUGACGUCACUACUGGAGCACUUACCUUCUGAUCUUGUGGAUCAGAACCUGUUGAACUUCCUGCCCGCUGGCGAGCAUUCAGAAGUGUACAAGGCUCUGUCCUCUCACAUCAUGGAGGGGGAGACGCUGACGCCUGAGUACAUGAAAUCAAAAAAUCAAUUAGAGUUUUGUUGCCACAUGCUCAGAGGGACAAUCGACCCCAAAGAGCCCCCAGUGUAUGAAUAUGUAAAGUUUAUUGGAAACUUUAAGUCCCUUAAUAAUGUGCCUAACUGUAACCGCAACAGCUUUGAUGGAGUGAUCCAGAGAUCGCUCCACUCUGCCUUUGAAGACAGGGUCUGUUUUGUCGCCACGGUGAGGCUGGCCAAACCACAGUUUAUCAAGGAAAUGUGCACUGUAGAAGAACCCAAUGAGGAGUUUACCUCCAGACACAGUUUGGAGUGGAAAUUUCUUUUUCUGGACCACAGAGCUCCACCUAUCAUUGGAUAUCUGCCUUUUGAGGUGCUUGGCACGUCAGGGUAUGACUACUAUCAUGUAGACGUAGAGACACUGGCCAAAUGCCACGAACACUUGAUGCAGUAUGGGAAGGGAAAAUCCUGCUACUACAGGUUUCUGACCAAAGGGCAGCAGUGGAUCUGGCUCCAGACACACUAUUAUAUCACAUACCAUCAGUGGAACUCCAGACCAGAGUUUAUCGUUUGCACACACACAGUCGUGAGUUACGCUGAAGUCCGAGCAGAGCAGCGUCGGGAGCUGGGAAUAGAAGAAUCUCCACCUGAGAUCACUGCCGACAAGUCCCAGGACUCUGGCUCAGAGUCUCAAAUCAACACAUCGAGUCUCAAAGAGGUUCUGGAGCGAUUCGACCACAGCAGGACACCCUCCGCCUCGUCACGCAGCUCCAGGAAGUCCUCACACACGGCUCUCUCAGAUCCCACCUCCUCUCAGAUGAAGGCGCAGGGCGAGCGCAGCACACCGGGUCGCCAGUCCGUCUCUGCCGUGGAGAUGACAUCACAGCGCAGAUCGUCUAUCAGCAGCCAGCAGUCCAUGAGCUCACAGAACACAGGGCAGAACAUGACCACGACCAUGGUCUCACAGCAACCAGCACAACCUCAACUACAACAGGUGCAGACCAGUGUACAGUCAAUGGUGCAGUUCUCAAACCAGUUAGAAGCCAUGCAUCACCUGAAGGAGCAGCUGGAGCAGAGGACGCGGAUGAUUGAGGCAAACAUCCAGAGACAACAGGAUGAGCUGAGACAAAUCCAAGACGAGCUACAGAGGGUCCAAGGACAGAGUCUGCAGAUGUUCUUACAGAAGGGAAAUGGAGGCCUCACUUCUGUCCCAAUGUCCCAGAAUACCGUGCAGCAGGGAGGAGCUCUGAACAUGCAGGUCCCUGUGUCGUCUGGGACUCUUCAGAACAACAUACAGCAACAGCAACAGCAGCAGCAGCAACAGCAACAGCAACAGCAGCAGCAGCAACAGCAACAGCAACAGCAACAGCAGCAGCAACAACUCUCAGUCCAACCCCAAACGCAGCAACAAGCUUUAACACAGGUGUCAACAAACUUCAUGUACCUACAAGUGCCGCCUCAGCGACCGUCCCUGCCUUUACCUCCUCAACAGAACUCUCUCUCUGCUCCACUCUACAACACCAUGAUGAUUCCUCAACAGAGUCCCGCUAACGUGGUCCAGAUCUCCUCCUGUCUGGGUCAGAACACGGGACCAACCGCAUCAGCUGUAACUACUUUUGCACAAGACCGGGCUGCUCAGAUAAGGUUUCCAACGGCCCCACAGCUGCUGACAAAACUAGUGGCAGGGCAGAUGGCGUGUGGAGCGGUGAUGGUGCCCACUACCAUGUUCAUGGGACAGGUGGUGACAGCUUUCUCCCCUCAGCAGGGACAAGCCCAAACCAUCAGCAUCUCCCAGCAGCAGCCCGAGCAGGUUCAACAGUCCCAAGUCCAGCCCAUUCAGCCAGGACAGGGAGGACUGGGACAGCAGCAAGCACAGUUCCUCCAGGCUCCUCGGCUUCUUCAUGGAAACCAGUCAACUCAAUUGAUCCUUCAGGCUUUCCCUCUGCAGCAGCAAAGCACUUUCAGCAGCCAGGGCCAGCAGCAGCAGCACCAACAGAAGCAGAUACAGACGCAAAAACAAACAGGCCCUCACCGAACAGACAGCCUCUCGGACCGGGCCACUGCACAGCCUCAGUAGCACCCAUUGGAAAUUGUCUGAUCCUAGAAGAACUGCAGAGGGUAUCCUCCUGGCUCGUCUUAGUUUCACAGUUUGCACUUAUGUCUGAGAUUUGUGUCCCUCCUCUCCAUGAGUUCAGGCUCAUGGAGGGAAUAUAUCCAGACUCAAUGGAGUGGAGCUCGUAUCAAAGACAGUGCAUCAUUUUGUUUUUUACUGUUGUUGUUUUUAAUGAGAAUAUAAUGGGACAAUACAUAUUUUUAAGAAUGUGGUGUAGAUGUAUUGUACAGAUCUUGAUGUGUAUUAUAUAUUCUGUAAAUAUGUUGAAAAGAAGCUAAUAUUUUAUAUGAUGCAUGUAAUGAAAACUGUAAUCCUUUACCUUUUUUUCUAAUGUUCUGUAAAAUGUUUCUUAAGCUCAUUGACUCAUUCAGAGUUCCUUUCUCCACAGGGUGAAGCGGUUUGUGUCUGCGUAGCAGGCAGCGCUGAUUGUUUAUUCCUUGGCCCAUUUUUAACAUUAUUUUAUAAAAUCUUAAACAUAGUCUAUUUUUAAUAUUAUGCAUUUAAAUUUGCACAUUUAAAAGUGCUACAGACUAGAGCUAAACUAUAGCAGAUUUUAAACUGGUAACAGCUUAAGCUUACAGUAAGAUACUGUAUCACACAUGCUGCUGUGUUUAAUCAAAGAACAUUUCACAUAAAAAAAGUAUAUAUAUUUACAUGGCCCAAUUGCAGUAUAUUCCACAUUUAGGUUUUUACUAUAUUGCCAAUCAACUCAUAGACAUAUUAGGCAUCACUUUUAUUCACACACUUUCUCUCACUCUACCUAUUUGUUUUACAAAUAACAAAACAGCUUUAGCUUUAAGCUAAGAUACUUUAAGCUACUUUUUGAUUCAGAGCGCCUUAUGAAGAGCAUGGAAAAAUGGGGAAUGAGAGGAGAUGUUUAUUUUAUUUUUCAAACAGUGGAUUUUGUUCUGUAUUGUGUUAUCUACUAAACUCUGAAUGUCUCAUACCGAUCCUUUUCUCCUGACACCUGAUGCUGUUUGGAUGUUUGGCUCAUUACAUUUAUGCUCUGGUGAAGGCCCUUGGACACAAUAAGGGUUUGUCCACACUAAACCCCACGUGAAGCAGAGCUGUCAGAGCAGGUGGUCUCAGUGCAGGUGUGCUGCACCUGCCCCGGUGUCACUUUCUUAAAUGAUCAUGUUUUUUUCAGUUUGGUGUUCUGUUAGGCUAGUAGGUCUGCAAUGCCAUUUUUCAUCUUGUGGUUUAUUGCUCUGUCCAAUGUGUACAAUCAUCUCUGUGUGACUGAAUAAUAACACAAGUUUCUAAAGCUGCAGUGAAAAGAUUAUUUUAUCAGUUGAUUUGUAUGGAAACUGAAACAUUGACAAUUUUUUUGUUGUAAUGGAAAUUGGUCCAGGCUAUAAACCAAUAACAUGGACAAAACUGGUAGCAAUCUUCAUCUACAAGUACUACAAUUCAGAAAAAAUCCACAAAGAACCAUUUCAGUCUUUCUGAGGUGCAAAUUUUUCUCAUGAUGUUUGUUGUUCCAGAGGUGGGUAUUAGUUUGGGAAGUUUUCAAUUUACUCCUGAGUAAUAUAUUUUACAAUGAGUGAAGGUUAGAUUUUGGUUACUCUUGCACCACUAAUUCAUUUUUUUUAUUUAUUUGUUUUGAUGCAUUAUAAAGCCUUUGAAAAUACGAAAUGUUUGGUCCUUAGAGUUACAAUUAUUUCAUUAUAAAUCAGAUGUUACAUCCUGAGAGGUACAAUUACUUUAAAGUUAUGGUUCCCAAUACCUUUUUACAUUUACUUCUGUUGAGUUUCAUGAUUUCAAAUUAAUAAUAGUCUUGAGUACAAUGAUUGACCAGUCUACCCACCUCUGGAUUGUGCAUGCCCAAUUGCCCAAAGAAGGAAUAUAUUUUCUUGCAUCUCAAAAAAUUGUUAAGCUUCAUGGGCAGUAGUGAAAAUUUUUCUUUGUAUUAUGUACUAGAUAACAAAUCCAAAAUAAACACAGCACUCAAAGUAUAUUGAAAAUAUUUAAAAACAGAAAUAACCUGAAACAAAUAACUUGUGUUAGCACCACCUGCUGUUCAGUGUAGAUAAUAAGAAACAGACUCAAAACAAAAUACAAGUCACCUUGUGAAUACCUAUGCUUUGUGAUAGUGCACUUUAUUUAAAAUACCACUUAAAUGAGUAUGCAAAACAUAUGUUGCCUUGCAUUCAUUUUUGAGCCAAACCAUAACUUAAAAUAUGGCAAAUGAAAAAAAAAAAAACAUUUGCUUUAUUUUGGUUUGAAAAUAAACUUGUUGUUUUCAAAAG